ACAGAACAGCAUUAGUAUGGAAUGUGUACGAUCACUGUGGAGUUACGCCUCCAGAUGUUUCACCUGCCAAGAAGAUUCUUCCUCGCAGGGUAAUGAACCUAGCGAACGUACUCACCUGCUUGCCGAUCCGGUCAGCAAUAGUCCAGCGGUGCGUCGGGACAAUGACACAUUCACGCAGGAGUAUCCGAACUCAGUGCCCAAAAAAGAUGAACAGUCAGCGUUGGCGAAAAUUUUACAAGAAACGUCUGAGAAUAUCAUAGAUGUAGCAGCAAUGGAUACGCAAAAGCUGGAAGCUAGUGAAUACAACGAUCGCAUCAAACUGUACACACAGCGUCUUCAGCAGCAGUGGAGCAACGUAAACCACCCGAAUCAUGCAGAGAACGGGAGCCUGCUGAAGGAUAUACCUAACCCCGAGCCGGUAUUGGCAUCCGUACCGAUUGCUGCGGAUGAUCUGACGAUGAUCAAAAGCAUGGUACAAAAGGCAAACGUGGCUGUAUCGGAGAUAAAGGUGAUCCAUACGGAAAACCUUGUCGUGCCUUUCCGAAUUCCAUAAUAUUACGCCGUUAAACGGAAUUUGUAAAAUAUUGUU